AUGGAUUGUAAUGUAACUAAUUAUUUUAGAAAUGAAAAUUUAUAUCUUCCGGGUUUGGAGUGGAGUCAUGUUGCUUUGAAGAGACUAUUCAAUUUGGUUGACAAUAGGCUAAAGAAUUGGAAACCAGCGACCAACGAAGAGAUUCAAACAACUGUUCGUGCCAUUAAAAGAGUCGAUGAUUUUAUGAGCUCCUGCAAAUCUAACGAGCAUACCUUGGCAUGGCCAUACCUAAAGGGUCAUGAUAGAUCUGCGGCUGAGGUCUUGGCGAAAUCCGAUGCUCUAAGAGAUGUCUAUGAAGCGAAAAUGACCGAUCUAAACUCUUUGUUAUCCAAGAUUGAAUCGAUGGAUCCAAAGAAUCUAAGCGAUGAGGAACGCACUCAAGUAUCAUCAAAGUUCACCGAUGUUCACAAGGAGAUGGUCAUUCUUUUGAGCUAUCAAGAAGUUAAUAUUCUUCCAUUCUUUAUUGCAACACCAAAAGAUGAACAAACUAAACUUGGAAAACAAAUUCAGAGCAACGACAAAGAGCUUCAAGAAUCAUUCGCUAAAAAUAGUCCAUGGGUUGCUAGAAAACUAAUGAAAAAUGUUUUCUCAAAGAAAUCAUAUGGUUGGUUCAUCAAUUAUGUUGAUGUUUAA